UUGCAGCUGAAUCAUUAGCUCUACGCCUGUCGCUCCUUUUUUGAUUUUCAGCACCAAUUCGAUGCACCAAGUCAAGCCAGAUCCAUAUCCGUUUGAAGUGCGUUGCUAUUCUAUAGGACAAAUAUCAACAUAUCCACUGGCGAUGUUAAGUACACGUCAUAUGGCAACAGUUAUUCCAAGGGAUAUAAAACUACAGAAAAGAAGCUUUGUUGAGAAGAAUAUGAUGACAUUAUUGUGGAAAAUUGGUCAAAAGGAAGGCAUUGGCAGACUAUAUCGUAGUUUAUUUCCCAACUUUAUGAAAUCCUACCGUGGGCGUCACAUAUAUUGUUUGUGCAUACACGUUAUAUCUGUUUGGUUCCAGUAUGAUAUAAAGUUUCAUUAA